AUGUCUUUGCAGAAUGCUUCAAUCAACAUAACCGAAUUUAUAAUAGGUGGUUUUGACACAACCAAAAGACCUAUUGUAGUUGGUGUGGUUAUAUUGAUUAUCUAUGUUCUAGCUGUUUUAGCCAACAUAUUUAACAUCCUCUUCAUUAUUUAUGACAAGAGAUUGCACAAACCAAUGUAUCUUCUGAUUUGCAACCUUGCUGUUGUUGAUUUACUGUACACCUGCAGCUGUCCAACAAUGAUUGGGGUUUUAGUUGCUGGGGUUAAUACUAUAUCUUAUGUGCCAUGCUUAAUUCAAAUGUUUGUUUACCACUUGGGAGCGGUAAUGGAGAUGUUUGCUUUAUCAGUUAUGGCAUUUGAUCGAUUGAUUGCUUUUAGCUAUCCCUUUCAUUACCACAGUUAUUUAACAAAUGUGCGCACUCUUGUCCUUACCUGUAUACUGUGGAUUGUUGCCUGUGGGUUUUUGGCUGUAAUGCCUGCCACUCUGCUUCCUCUCCCUCACUGCGACUCAAAGCUCAAAUACACAUUCUGUGAGUAUGCGGCCCUAAUACGAACUACAUGUGUUGACCCCACUUACUAUUUCAAUCUGGACAAAAGAAAUUAA